GGGGACGUUAAACCGCUGGACCAUGCUUUUCUUACAUGUUUUGUAAUGUACAAUCCAAGGGUGUGUGGCAGCUUAAUUUACUUGAUAGGAGCAGCAUCUGACUGGACUGAAGCUUGAACUUAUAAACCCACUGCAGUCAUGCUACUCCCCAUCCUUGUCCGUGAGUCCCUGUGCUGCUCUAAGAACUCUGUCUUACUGACAUCCUCAAACAUACAGACCUGUAUCAGGGGUCUUCAGGGCAAGGGAGCCAGGGGCCUCCACAGCUAUGCCCAGGGGUUCCUCUGUAGGAGGGUCCCCUCACGCCUCAACCCCCAGAUACGGGGGGCCAAGAGUCGGAAGAGCCAGACCAAGCAGCAGGAGGAUGAGUGGAGGAAGAGGAACAAGACGGUGCUGACGUAUAUCGCUGCUGCGGGGGUGGGAAUGAUCGGCAUGUCCUACGCGGCUGUACCCCUCUACAGACUUUACUGCCAGGCGUCCGGUCUGGGUGGGGCGGCGGUGGCAGGUCACGAUGCAGAGCAGGUGGAGACGAUGAAGCCAGUGAAGGACCGCAUCAUCAAGAUCACCUUCAACGCUGACACACAUGCCAGCAUGCAGUGGAACUUUCGCCCACAGCAGUCUGAGAUAUACGUGGUUCCAGGAGAGACUGCCCUGGCCUUCUACAGAGCCAAGAACCCCACAGACAAACCUGUUAUUGGGAUCUCCACCUACAACGUAGUGCCCUUUGAGGCUGGACAGUACUUCAACAAGAUACAGUGUUUCUGUUUUGAGGAGCAGCGGUUGAACCCUAAAGAGGAAGUGGACAUGCCUGUGUUCUUUUACAUCGACCCUGAGUUUGACGAGGACCCGCGAAUGGCCCGUGUCGACACCAUUACCCUCUCAUACACCUUCUUCGAAGCCAAGGAGGGACAGAAACUACACCUCCCCGGAUACAGUCCGAUUUCCCUACACAGCUGAAGAUUGGCCUCAUCGUGUCAGCCAUUUAAAAAUACUAUUUACUGUUCUCCUCAGAGCUGCUGAGUUAGUCCAAUAUAUAUAUAUAUAUACAGGCAUUCAAUCCAUAGAUUGGAUUUAUUGCUGAGACACAUUUCAUCACUACAGGAUGUUUCACAAAAGGUUACGGUGUGUGUAAUACACACCGAUGACUGCUGUAAUAUCAGUCAUCCAUCCCUGAAUCAGAGAAUGCAAAGAUAAUAUACGAAAAUGAUAAUGUACAGAGAAGAGGUUGUGAAAAAAUGUGAUGAAUAGUUCACUUAUCAAGUGUCUAAGACUGUACAGUGUUCUUCAAUCAAAUAAAUAAUGAUUAAUGAG